CGCAUCUAUAAAUUCGAUAUCACUCCUCCAUCAUGGAUUCCCAACGCGACGCUAAAUUUCCUCUGCACGUGGCCGCUCGAGAGGGAAGGACUCAAACGGCCGAGUCACUACUAAACGCCAAUCCGAAGCUAGCGACUGUCAAAGAUGACGACGAGCGUCUUCCCAUCCACUGGGCCGUAGCAUACAAUCGGCUUCCUAUCGUGGAGCUAUUAAUGUCCACCAAGCACUUCGAUCCAGAUGUUGAGGAUGGCUCAGGCUGGACCCCAUUAAUGAUUGCGGCCAGUCUAAAAGAUGCCGAGGGAGACCCUAUCAUUGACCUACUAUUGAAAAAGGGAGCCGACGUAACUGUUCAGAGUAACUCAGGCCAGAAUGCUCUCCACUUUGCAACCUCCAAAGCCAACCUUUCUACCGUCCGCACCCUAAUAGCCAACAAAUGCAGCGCCAGAGUGAAAGAUAAGCGUGGGCAGUUAGCACUCCAUCGCGCUGCAGCCAUCGGAUCUACGCCUAUCAUAAAGGUCCUUCUCCAGGAGGGGAAAAGCCCCGUCAACGCUACGGAUAUAGACAGUCUGACUGCUUUGCAUCAUGCCAUCUCCGAGGGCCAUGGGGACGCCGCGAUCACUUUGCUUAAGGCUGGUGCUGAAGCGGAUAAGAGGGAUGUAAAUGGCGUUUUGGCCAUUGAUAUGGCACCCGAUGCCAGUGUUCGAAAAUAUAUUCAGCAGACUGCUGAAAUGGAGGGCAUAGAAAUAUAAGACACGAGGAACAUGGUUGUGGAUGCCCUCGGCCUUUCAGUGCUCAUAAUACUGUUUUAAUAUCAACAAUCAAAAGAGUCAUGAUAUUUUUUGCUGAGAAGUCCGGUUUCGCAUAACAUCGUCUAUCGGUAUCAAAAUUCCAGGCCAAACUAUGUACAGAAGUAAAA